AUGGAGAGACUAGAAAGUGCGUCUUCGCUGGCGUUUCUCUGUAUUCAUUUCGUAUUUUCCACUAAGUGCUUUGCUUCCAUCUAUGGCACUCGUAUUCACAGUGGUUUCACCAAAUCCACUGUCACCGGCAUUAGCAUUGCACCACGUGUCUCCUUCCCGCCACGGCUUAUCGUCGAUUUCCAUCCGCCGAAACAAAUCACCGGGAUCGCUCCCUUCGCUGUCUCCUCCACCGAGUCAUGUUUCGUCUCGGCGUGUGAAGGUUUACUCUCAACUGCGAUUCCCUCUGAUCUCACCCGACGAUCACUGGGCUCAAUGGGCAGCUCUCUUCGCCGCCGGCGCGUUCGGUGUCUGGUAAUCAGCUCAACUCUGACUUCAAGUUCUAUCACACUGAUUCAGUUUGACAUUACCUGCUUCUUGAGGUCGGAGAAGACGAAGAUUGGGAGUAUGGUGAGUGGGGCGUUGACCAGCACGUUAAUUGGGCUCGCCGCGAGCAACUUAGGGCUCAUACCGUUCGAAACGCCGUCGUAUUCCUUCUUCAUGGAGUUCCUCUUGCCGCAUACGAUUCCAUUGCUGUUGUUCAGAGCUGAUCUCCGUCGUAUUAUCCGAUCAACUGGGUCACUGCUCCUUGCUUUCUUAAUUGGAUCGGUUGCGACGGUUGUGGGAACCGUGGUGGCUUUUAUGCUGGUACCGAUGAGAUCACUUGGUCCGGAUAACUGGAAAAUAGCAGCUGCUCUUAUGGGCAGCUACAUUGGAGGAUCUCUUAAUUUCGUUGCGAUAUCGGAGGCUCUGCGCAUAUCUCCGUCUGUUAUAGCGGCGGGUGUAGCUGUGGACAACGUCAUAUGCGCUUUACACUUUAUGGUUUUGUUUGCAUUGGCCUCAAAGAUACCCCCUGAGACCACCUCAGCAUCUUCACCUGAUGCCGACAUGAGUAAGGAUGAGAAAGUCGAGGACAAGAACAGAGUGGUUUCAACUUCGAUUGCAUUAUCAGUUUCCUUCCUCAUAUGUAAAGCUGCAAUAUCGAUGACAGAGCUAUUUAAGAUCCAAGGAGGCAUGCUUCCUGCAGUAACAGGCAUCACCAUCAUCUUGGCAACUUCUUUCCCUGAUUUCUUCAACUCUCUGGCACCUUCUGCUGAAACCAUCUCUCUCAUUCUCAUGCAGGUAUUUUUCACGAUUCUAGGAGCUACAGGGAGUGUAUGGAAUGUAAUCAACACUGCACCAAGUAUCUUCCUCUUUGCUGCAAUUCAAGUAAUGGCUCAUCUCGCAGUGACUUUGUUUCUAGGAAAGCUAUUCUGUGUAGACAUGAAGCUACUGCUUCUUGCAUCAAACGCUAACAUUGGAGGACCAACCACUGCUUGUGCCAUGGCCACCGCAAAAGGAUGGACUUCUCUCGUCGUCCCAGGGAUUCUCUCUGGCGUUUUCGGAGUCUCCAUUGCAACUUUUCUCGGAAUUGGAUUUGGAGUUUUGGUCCUCAAACGAUUAUAA